GAUUUAAAAGAUUAUCCACUUACCAUUAAUAAACCCCAAGCGAGUUAAAGCCACUGGUAGCCCCAUCCAUCAUUAUCACACAAACAAAUCAUAGGUUUGACGGCUAAGAAACCAUUAAACCGAAUAAAUCCACUUCCUCCUUUUUUUUGCCCUGUGCAGUUUCACCACCGUCCUCUAUAUAGGAUAAGACCAAGCUUGUUUCCUCUCCGCACUCAACGCUACCCCCUUUAGCUUUGUUCCUCUUUCUUCAGAUGCCGCACCCCAUAUUCUUUUUCUCACCUUCCUCAUUUAAAGAAACAUAUUAUGCUUGUUCUCUACAAAAGCAUAUAGAGGAGCUACCGCAUCUUCAAAUAGGAUUCUCAGUAAUCAAGCAAUGGUUCGGCAGUCAUGUGUUUGAAAAGACAGAUAUAAAUAAAUAAAACCGUCUUUUCCAUUUUUCACUCAUUUCUACUCGUUUUUCUAGUCAUUUCUUUAAGCCUGUUAUAUAUAAUGAAUUUACACAACAAUACUAACAAGCAUUUCUUCCGUUCAAGCUUUCUCCUUCUCUUUAGCACCCCCCUUUUUUUUGUGCCAAUUUUAGUAUUUUCCUUCAUGACAUCUCCAAGCAUUGGUGGGGCCCAAGCUUUCAUGCAUAUAAACCCAGUCCCUCACCUCCCUUCCCAUAGGCAAACACCAUCAUCUUCUCCCUGACACAAUACAAACAAAACGCACAGCCAAUACUAGGCUAAGCUAGCAACUUGGGGUUCUUGUAUUCUCCAACCUCUUAAUAUCUCUUUAUCCUUUCCAUUUUCAUUUCCCUUUUAUCCACAACUACGCUUAGCAAGUCGUCAUGUGCAAUCCCAAGCAGCCAUCUUGUUCGAGUCCAACACAAACCCAUAAUCUCAUAACUUGCCACAAAGUCAUGGGUCCUCCCGAGGAUCAUCAUAAAGAUGAGCUUCACAGAUGGCCAACUCCUAAUGAGGUUGUAUCAGAAAUGAAAGCCAUAGGAAGGAUAUCAGGCCCAACGGCCAUAACUGGGUUGCUCAUGUACUCGAGAGCCAUGAUAUCUAUGCUUUUCCUGGGCUAUCUGGGCGAGAUGGAGCUUGCGGGAGGCUCUCUCUCUAUUGGCUUCGCCAACAUCACAGGCUACUCCGUGCUCUCUGGUUUAGCAAUGGGAAUGGAGCCCAUUUGUGGACAGGCUCACGGCGCUAAGCAAGGCAAGCUUCUUGGCCUCACCCUCCAGAGAACCGUCCUCCUCCUUCUCUCCACUUCCAUACCUAUCUCCUUCAUGUGGCUCAACAUGAAGACCAUCCUCUUAUGGUGUGGUCAAGACCAGGCCAUAUCCUCAAUCGCACAAACUUUCAUUUCUUUCUCCAUUCCUGACCUCUUCUUUCUUUCUCUUCUUCACCCUCUCCGUGUCUUUCUCAGAACUCAAAGCAUCACUUUGCCCUUAGCUUAUUGCUCAGCCAUCUCUGUUCUCCUCCAUGUCCCGUUAAAUUUCCUUCUGGUUGUUCACUUCAAGAUGGGUAUUGCUGGUGUGGCCAUAGCCAUGGUUUGGACCAACCUCAACCUCUUCCUCUUCCUCUGUUCCUUUGUCUACUUCUCCGAUGUAUGUAAGGACUCGUGGGUCCCUCUUAGCAUUGACUGUCUCAAGGGCUGGUCUUCUCUUCUUGCUCUUGCGAUUCCAACCUGCGUCUCUGUGUGCCUCGAGUGGUGGUGGUACGAGCUCAUGAUAAUGCUAUGCGGCCUUCUGGGUAAUCCCAAAGCCACCAUUGCAUCAAUGGGGAUUCUGAUUCAAACAACCUCACUCGUCUAUGUCUUCCCAUCAUCCUUAAGUCUUGGCGUUUCCACGAGAGUGGGGAACGAACUAGGCGCCAACCGCCCAGGAAAAGCGCGCAUUUCCAUGAUCGUCUCACUCUUCUGUGCCGUCGGCUUGGGCCUGGGGGCUAUGGGCUUCACCACCGUAAUGAGGCAUCAGUGGGGCAGAUUCUUCACCGGCGAUGAAGAAAUCCUCAAGCUAACGGCCAUCGCAUUGCCUAUCGCCGGCCUGUGUGAGCUCGGGAACUGCCCACAGACCACCGGGUGCGGGGUUCUGAGAGGCAGUGCUAGACCCAACAUCGGAGCCAACAUCAAUCUUGGUUCGUUUUACUUAGUGGGCAUGCCGGUGGCGAUGGUCCUAGGAUUCAUCGCAAAACUGGGUUUUGCUGGGCUCUGGCUAGGGUUGCUUGCUGCUCAAGCCUCGUGUGCUUGCCUCAUGCUGUUUGUUCUGUGCAGAACAGAUUGGAAUGUGCUGGCAGAAAGAGCGAGAGCGCUAACUUCAGCUGACGUUGCUUCUGCUAAUUCUGGUUCAUUACCCACAUUCAGAAAAACAGAGCGUAACAAGAAGGAUUCGCUUAAAGACAUAGUGAUCACUGAUCCAGCCUCUCUUGAAACAGAACCCCUCAUCAUACCCAUUACCCAUCCUUCCACAUAGAGUGACUUGAUUACUUUAGUUAAGCAUUGCUCUUUCACCCCAACGUCAUUCUAUUUCCACGGCUGGGAUUGAAAUGAGCUUAUUAAUUUAUUGGAUUGUACUGUAAAAUAUAAUUAUUUUCUUCUUCAUCUUGUCACCAUGAUCCUUCAAUUUAUUU